AAGGCGGAUGAAAUAUUUUUAAUUAUAAACACGGACACAUAAAUAAUUGAAAAAAGAAAAUGCAUUUGUGCAAGCGAAAAGCAAAGCGAAAAUAUGGCCUGUAAAUUAUAUCAUAAAUGUGAAAGUGUUCGCCAAGCGUUAACGCCACAGGCAAAGUGAAAAAAGGAGUGCGAGUGGAAGAAAAAAUCAAUUGAAAAAGAAAAAUUGCAUUUCGCUGCCCCAGCCCCCAUUUACGAAAAAAAUAAAAUAAAAGUGUGUAGUAGUAUCAGUGAAAAUAUAUUAAGUUGUACGUGCUUGUGUGCGGAGAGUCAGUGGGGUGCAUGUGCUGAGAAAAGAAGAAGCAGCUGCUGCAGAAAUAGCAAAAGGAGACAGCAACGACAAGCGGCCAAGUUACAAUAAAGCGUUGGAAAAAUGAGUUCAAGUUGUGAAAGAAUAGAAUGGGUGGAAAUAAUCGAGCCGCGCACCAAGGAGCAUAUGUAUGCCAAUCUAACAACUGGCGAAUGCGUUUGGGAUCCACCCGAGGAUGUGCCAAUUAAGCGAACCGACUCAUCGCAAUGGUGGGAAUUGUUUGAUACGAACACGCAGCGCUUCUAUUACUAUAAUGCCGCAACGCAGAAGACCGUGUGGCAUCGGCCGAGCAAGUGUGACAUCAUACCGCUGGCCAAGCUGCAGACCCUCAAACAGAACACCGAUCCGAGUGAGCGACGAGAGCAAACCACGCCACAGAAGCAUUCGGUGGCCAAGCAGCAACAGCAACAGCAGCAGCCGCAGCAACAGCCAUCGCCCAUGUCGGCAGCUAAUAAGAAGGGGCGUGCCCAACGUGGCAACGGCGCCAUGGCCAGCUCCGAGGAGCAGCUGAUCAGCAGCGAAAUGAUCUCUAGUCCACGAGGCCGUCAAAGUUUUCGCGUUGGCACUGGUGACUCAGUCCGUUCGAUGGAGCUGCAGCAGCAGCAGCAACAGCAAUCACAGCAGCAACAGGGCUACGGAUCGCGACGCUCACAGGACUCUUGCAAUCAUUACAAGGAAUCGGGCAAGUCAAGCGAUUCGAGUCUGUCCAGCGCUCAUGGCUAUCGGCGCUUCAAUGAUGCCUCUAAUGGUGCAUCAGGGCCAAAUGAGCCGCUGCGUCUGGGCUCCUUGCAGAAGCAUCAGCACGGCGGCAAGGAUAAUGGCGCCUUUGAAAUGUUGCAAGAAAGCGUCAGCUCGCAUAAUUUACCGCAAGGCUCCUCAUCGUAUGUUGGUGACAGCAACAAGUAUUUCGAUCAUCAAUUGCUGCCCAGCCAUAUGCAGGGAUAUUGCUCCUCCAAGUCAUCCGAUAUUGCCUCACCUACACAUUCGAUAAAUACGCCGCAGGCGCAGAAGAAGAAGAUAUCGCCAGAUGCCGAGCGACAGUACAAUUACGCACAACAACAACAACAGCAGCAACAGCAACGUAUCGCACAACGCGGCGGAGGAGCAGCUCCCGCCUCUGGUAAACCAUUUGGAUCAGCUAUUGGAGAUCGUGAGUACAAGGUCUCAUUGGCGCGUUCCGGCAGCUUUAUGUCCUCCUCUAUAAAUCCAGCCGCGGCUGGACAUCACAGUAAAUCGUAUCGGAAGAGCAGCGCUGAAGCAAAUGGCGGUGGUGUCGGUGGUGUUGGUGGUGGCGGCGUUAGUGUUGGUGGUGCUGUCUAUGGCGGUGCCGCCAGCGACGAUUCCAUGCAUGAAAAGUACUUUAAGUCUGUGGAGAAUACACCGCUCUCGCGGCGCCGGCACACAACCAAUGCUAGCAAGAGCCAAAGCCAAGGCACCACCGGCAGCGGCAGCAGCGGGCACAAGAAACACUCGAGCGACUCCAGUCCACAGAGUCCGAUCAGUCCGCAGACAAAGAGCUCUCGACAGGCCAAGACAAGUGCCACAAAUCCGCCGCCACAGCUGCAGCAGUCUGGAUCAGGGAUGGAUCGUCUCAGCUUGGAGCGGAUGUCGUUGGGCAAAGCGGCGCCCAUUUCACCAAGUGCUGGCUCCGAUAAUCUGGGCAUGUUAACACACUCGUCCAGGGGCUCCAAUGACUCAACGGCCAGGCGUCAAAAAUCCAACAGCUCCACAGCAAAUCGUUCGCAGUCAUCUCACCAUUAUCCGGGUCAGAGUUCAUUGCGGCACAGCGCCAGCUCCAGCUUGGACAAACGUGGCUAUCAUCCGCUGCAGAACACGUGUGAGAAGCGGGAUUCGCGGCGUAGCAAGACGCAGCAGCACCAUUUGCAUGCGGACAGCAGCGAUGUGGAGUAUGACAAUGGAAACAUCUCGCCUCUCUACAGCAAUUGCGGGCAGGAGAUGCCGCAUCUGCUGCCGCUAAAGCAUUACAUUAUCGAGCAGGCCAAGCUUUAUGGUCGAUAUGACUAUGGACGGGAUGGCGAUGGCGUUGGUGAUUCGGAUUCGUAUCACUCGGAUAGUCAGUCGGAGCAUUCACUCUCUGGCCAUGAGCCGGACAAUGAGGACUCCGACGGUGGCUCUGAUACACAUGGCGGCUAUUUGGAGCACAAUUAUGGCAUGAUUGAUGACUACGCCAAUAUGGGCGACAGCGUCUCCUACUAUGCCUAUCAGUAUCCGCCCUACGAUCCAGCUGGUCGCGAGGAUAUUUCCGACAACGUGGAGGCCGUGCUGGAGGGCAUUGGCGGCAAUCAGGAUCCCGUCACGGCUCCCAAGCCCAAGCCCCGCUAUCAGAUCUCAUACUAUGACACCGUCUCCCAUUGCCCUCCUUCGUCAGGGGGUCAGGGCCAUCAGUACAACCAGCAGAAUAAUCAACAACUGUACUCAAAUACGCCCGCCUAUCCGUUUGCCAGUCAUGGUCAUGGCCAUGGUCAUGGCUUGGGCCAGCCACCGGCACCUCCACACCACCAGCAGCAGCAACUGCAUUUGGAUCCCAGUGAUGCGUCCAGCGCCAAACAGAAGCAAUCUCAGACAUUGCCCUCGCCCAAUCGUCAAAUUUCCCGUCUAGUCGCCGGCCAGUUAACCAAAGAUGAGGCCAAUCACGGCCAAUCGCAACAGCAGCAGCAACCGCCGCAGUCGCAGCAAUCUCAGCUCUUGGCCAGCAGCAGCAGUCUCAGCCGUGGCGGCAACCAUAAGCUGGCCCCGCCGUCACUAAAGCCCACCAUACAGCAGAUAUUUCCACCCAGCGACCGUGCGCCUGGUGCCCCAACGCUGGCGUGCAUGAAGGAAUGUGAUAUUGAGAAGUUUGCCGCUGACAAUUUAAACAUGCACUCGAAGGGCAUCUUCCGCAAGAAGGCAUCUGUGCGGGACAUGCUUAGCUGGACGGCGGAGGCUAUAAGUCGCCCGAUGUUGGCCUUGUCGCGCGAUAAGGCCGACAAAAAGACGGCCAUUGAGCUGUUCAAGCUGGUGCAAAUCUACAUGGGUGAUCGCAAGGCACGCAUGGGCAUGAACCUCAAUUCGGUGGCCAUAGAUAUUAUUGUAGCAUCCCUACCGCAACAACAAUUACGCGAUGAACUUUAUGUGCAGCUAUGCCGCCAGACCACGGAGAAUCCCAAACGCGAGUCACUUAUACGUGGCUGGGAGCUAAUGGCCAUUUGUUUAUCGUUUGUGCCACCUUCUCCGACGUUUCAGCCCACGCUACUCAACUAUGUUAAUCGCCAUCGUGAUCCCUCGUUUGCCACUGGCUUUCUAGAAGUCUGCAAAUGGCCCAUACACGUGCAGAUCUCGCAUUAUGCAACCGUUUGUUGCCGCCGCUUGGAUCGCAUUGGCAGCAGCGGCCGUCGCUUGGCCAAGAAGCCCACCGUUGAUGAGGUGGAACAGGCACGGCAACAAAUUUUACGGAACAGUAUGUUUGGCAACACGCUGUCCGAGGUGAUGGAUCUACAAAAGGAUAAGUUUCCAACACGUAAACUACCCUGGAUACAAACCACGCUUUCAGAGCAUGUGCUUCUGCUCAAUGGCAAACAAACUGAGGGCAUUUUUCGUGUAUCCGCCGAUGUGGAUGAGGUGAAUUGCAUGAAGAGUCGCUUGGAUCGGUGGGAUGUUCCUGACUAUAAGAACAAUAUGGUUGAUGCACAUGCGCCUGCCAGUUUGCUUAAGUUAUGGUAUCGUGAGCUGUACGAUCCGCUUAUACCCGAUGAUUAUUAUGAGGAUUGCGUGAAUACUGAGGAUCCCGAUAAAGCCAAAGAAAUAGUUAAUAAGUUGCCACAAAUUAAUCAACUGGUCCUAACGUAUUUAAUACACUUUCUGCAACAAUUCUCCAACCCGGAGGUGGUUGCCUGCACCAAAAUGGAUUCGUCGAAUCUGGCAAUGGUAUUUGCGCCAAAUUGUUUGCGAUGCACUUCAGAUGAUCCCAAGGUGAUUUUGGAGAAUGCGCGCAAGGAGAUGUCCUUUAUACACGUCUUAAUACAGCACAUGGACACAACGCAUGUGGCCAAUCUGGUCUAGAGAGCUUUGAUAGCUAUUUAAAAAGAUACCGAACUAUUCAAAUACCAAUGAGCAUACCUAUAUAAAUAUAUGUAUAUGUAUGUAUAUAUCGACAUAUAUAUAUAUGUGCAUAUAUGUUAAACGUUAUUAACCUAUCCUAAACUUACUUAAAUAGCCUAUUUGUAUUUAUGCAAAUUGAAAACGUCAAGAACUCCUAACAAGCUCCUAACUUUAACUAUACUAAUAAUUUUUUGGUACUCGAAUUUUCUAAACUAAUUCAAUUAAUUUUAUUGUAUGCUUAAUUUAAAAAAAAAAAUACUCCGAACUUUUGUCAGCAUUGUAACGUGUAGUGCUUAUUAAACCAAAAAAUUAAAAUACAGAUCUAAUCCAAAAGUUAUAAAAUAUAUAUGAAUUUCAAAACUUGCAACUUAAACCGAAUGAGCGUGUGAAAUUUUAGAAUAAUUUAUUUAUUUCGCGUCUUAGUUUUAUAAAAGUUCACACAAGAAGCCAAGCAAAAUACUCAAAAGAAGAAAACCAACUCUCAAACAAAAACUUGUGAAGCAUAUAAAUAUUAUAAAUAUAAAGAAGAAGAAAAGUACUGUAAACAAAAAUGAAAUGCAAUAACUGAUUUAAUUCAAUAAAUAAAAAAAACUGCUUACAAAUCAUAUGCAGCAACAUAGUGCUAUAUAUAUAUAUAUAUAUAUAUUUAUUCGUAUGCAUUAUAUAAUAAAGAAAUGUUAUGAUGAAGAUAA